AUGACCUGCUUUACCUGUCGACUGGGUGCUCGAUGUCUUACCAGAGACUUACGCGAGCUUGGCUUCAAGAAGAAGCUCGUACGCAAGUUUGUCGAAUGCCCUGACAGCGUCAAGCAUGCUACGGCUCUGCUCAAGUUCUACUCACCUCCCUCCCGCAAGCCUAGAAAGGGCAGAUACAAUGACCUGUGUCUUCGCAAGGGCUCACGAAAACAACUAUGGGUGGUCUACGAUCCACUCAAGCACAAACCAACCCUCGACGAGGACGCACUUUUGCUCACCGUGAGAUUCGCCAUUUUCCAACCUGGAAAUCCGCGUCUCAUCGAAUACAACACCAAAACCACAGCACUCCGCAUCCGCUCGUCGAGAAUCAUCGCGGGCCAGCAAAUCGACUACACUGCCAAUGGUCCCGUUCUCAGGCCUCUAGAGGUAGAAGAAAGCGACUCUGAACCCGAGGCUGCCACUUCUGCCGCAAAACAACAGGAAGUCACUCCGUCUGCAUCGCACAAAGCCAGUAGCGACUCCGAGCUUACCGUACUGGAAUCCGAUGAAUAG